UGUUAAACAAGAUACCACCAAAAACAGAUCGUUACAAUCUAGACAUCGGUGACCACCAGUCUGAUUCAUGCGACCUUUCCCGAUCACCACCGUCAUUAAACACCGUAUCCACCACGCAACGCAUACCCUUCAACCCAACAACCAAACAUAACUCAACCACUAACUCAUAAAACCAAACACACACCCUUCAAAAACCCCACAACAAUCACCCUUCAUUUCUGAAUCUUCAUCUCCAACAACACACCAACUCUCACUUUGUUCAACAAGUCUUCUGCUAUGGCUACCAAUGGGGCUUCAUCUGUGAGAGAUAAAGAUGGGGCUAAUGCUACAGAGGCCAGUCUGGAUAAGAUUAAACGGCAAUUGGCAUCCGGGUCGGGUCGAAACCUCUUGCAGGGUCCUCUUCUUAAGCGAUCUGAAACGCUGAGGAAAUGGAACGAGAGAUGGGUAAUCCUAGACCCGACAACGGGAAAAAUGGAAUACAAGAUCAGAAGAAACGAUCCGAAUAUUAAAGGAACAAUCUUGUUUGAUUCAAAUAGCACAAUCAUGACAUCACCGUAUAACUUCCAUGGACUACCGAAGUAUGACAACUGUAUUAUUUAUAUUGCAACACCACAGAAAAAAGAAUAUUUCUUAUGUGCAGAAACUCCAGGUGCAGCUAGAGCUUGGGUGGCGACUUUGCAUGCAACACAGCUGGUAUUAAGGGCUCAUAAAGAGGCGGUAAACUCGUUAGCUGGAAAUAGUAGCGCAAGUUUAGGGACGGUUUCCGCUGUUGUUACUGCUGCAAAUUCAACUGCUCUGGAAUCUUCUAAAGAAAUUGAGGCUGCAAUGCAGAUUUCAAGGCGAAAUGCUUUGGGAUCAGUGAUGAACAAACCACUUGAUGCCCCAUUGGAUGAUUUGACAAUCAUGAAGGAGACUCUAAGAGUAAAAGAUGAAGAGCUGCAAAACUUAGCUAGAGAUCUUCGUGUUAGGGACUCAACAAUAAAAGAGAUAGCAGAGAAGCUGACGGAGACAGCUGAAGCGGCAGAAAGUGCUGCAUCUGCAGCUCAUACAAUGGAUGAGCAGCGGAGAAUCGCAACUUCUGAAGCUGACCGGUUAGAGAAAGAGUUGGAGAAAAAUGCAGUGUCUUACAGCAUGAAGCUAAGAGAUAUCGAAGAGAAGGUGGCGCUUUUAAGUAAAGAAAAAGAACAACUUAUGAAGCAACGAGACUCAUCACAGCAGGAGACACUUUUAUGGCGAUCUGAGCUGGCAAAAGCUAGAGAACGUGUAGUUAUUUUAGAAGGAGCUGUUGUUAGGGCUGAGGAAAAAGUUAGGGUAAAAGAUGCAGAAACUGAAGCUGCAAUAAAGGAAGCAACCGAGAAAGAAACCGCUGCUAGAAAGGAAAAUCAAGAGCUUUUGGCUUAUAUUAAUAUUUUACAGUUACAACUUCAAAGGCAGGAGGAGAAUACGAAGCAAGUCAUGGAGGAAAGAGGAGAAUCAUGCUCACAUGGCGAUACUCAACCGUUGACUAAACACGUGCAUCCAUCUGAGGAGAACGUGGAUAAAGCAUGCCUUAGUGAUUCCAGGAAUAUUCCAGUUUCAGACAUAAAUUUAGUUCAUCCACCACCGUCUCCAUCUGUAGAUGAAACCGGUCCGAUUAAUGAUGGUGAAUGGAAUGAUAUAGAAGCAACGGAAGCAAGAAUAGCUUAUGUUAGGGAAAUCGCACCUGAUACUGAAGGAAACAGUUUGGAUAUUCCCGUCUUUUUACAGCCAAACGAUACACAACGUGAACCCACUACGGAUUCCUACCAUCAGCCUUAGAUAAUGUAUGGGUAAACAGAAGAUGACACAUGUUUUUGUUGCUGCUGAAAAUGACUUGUUUUGGUCACAGAGUGAGUUGUGAAAAUGAUUUAUAGAGUGAGUUGUGCAAGUCAUUGUAAUUGCUGACUUUUUAGUUUUGAGGCUUAUGAAUGGACUGCUUUUGUGAAUUUUAUAUGCAGCAUUGGGAUUGACCUGUU